CAAACCGUAAAGAUUUUACCGAGUAAAUGUAGUAAUCUCUCACUAGUUAUCUGAGGAGAUUAAAGGUCGUGUCUGACCAUCUGCUAAACAGUCUUUUUUAAAUGAGUUAAAUUCAGUCAGUGUGGAGAAUGAUGAUCAGAUGAGUGUGGUGUGUUAGAAACUAACGCUAAGUACGUUAAGUUAAGUUACAUUAUAAGUAAAACACUGAGGUGAGAUGGACCUGAGUGAUGUUCUCACGUGGACGUCCAUAAACUCAACUCAUCUAGCGCCACAACCAAAGCAGCGCGUGAAGACACUUGCGUCUUUGGGAGCGUCGCGUCGCGUUGCCUUCAGUGACAAAAGCUCUGAGAGAUGACUGACAGGACAUGGGAUUUCUCUGUUGUCAUGGAGAUUAUAGCUUUAGCUUGUUUUCUCCCAGUCAUUGCUUCUGGCACACCGUUUCCCAGUGAUCUUCAGCCAAUCAGUGUGGUGAGACUGGAGGACUCUCAUCUGUAUCCCAGUUUUCGUGGUUUAAUGUUAGAUAAUGACACAAAGCGUCUCGGCCUGGACUACCAGCUGAUGAUCAGAAUCCAGCAGAUGUUGUACAUCGCUGCCAGAGACCAUGUGUUUGUUGUGAAUCUUACUGCUGCAGUAAAUCAAAUAAUACCACAGCAGAUACUGAUGUGGAGAUCUACAGAUGUGUCCAAGUGUGCCGUCAGAGGCAGAAACAGUGAUGAAUGUUAUAAUUACAUCAAAGUUCUUGUGCCUCGUAAUGACGAGACUCUGUUUGCAUGUGGGACCAACGCGCUCAACCCCACCUGCCGAAACUACAGGUUGAGUACACUGGAGCAGGUCGGCCAGGAGCUGUCGGGUCAGGCCCGAUGUCCGUUCGAGUCUCGCCAGUCAAACGUCGGACUCUUUGCAGGUGGUCAUUUUUAUUCAGCCACAGUGACAGAUUUCCAGGCGAGUGAUGCUGUCAUUUACAGGAGUUUAGGAGGAGAAGGGCAACCUGUUCUGCGUACAGUCAAAUACGACUCCAAAUGGCUCAGAGAACCUCACUUCCUGCACGCUGUCGAGUAUGGCAACUACGUGUAUUUCUUCUUUCGUGAGAUCUCUGUGGAGCACACGGCUGCAGGAAAGGUGGUGUAUUCGCGUGUGGCUCGCGUGUGUAAGAAUGACAGCGGGGGCUCUACGCGUGUGUUGGAUCGCUACUGGACAUCAUUUCUGAAGGCUCGAUUGAACUGCUCAGUUCCUGGAGAAACCUUCUUCUACUUUGAUGUUUUGCAGUCGCUCACUAAUGUCCUACAGAUCAACCAGCGGCCCGCUGUGCUCGGACUCUUCACUACACAGAUUAACAGCAUUCCUGGUUCAGCCGUAUGUGGAUUUUAUUUGGAUGACAUUGAGAGAGUUUUUAAUGGGAAGUUUAAAGAGCAGAAGAACAGUGAUUCUGUGUGGACGUCAGUACCUGAGGAACACGUCCCCAAACCACGUCCUGGUUCAUGUUCAGGUGAAGGCUCUGCGUCCUCAUUCUCCUCCUCAGUACAGUUUCCAGACUCGGUUCUGUCGUUUAUUAAGACACACCCACUGAUGGAUGAGUCUGUGCUGUCGGUCAACAACCAACCACUGAUCACCAGCACUGCCAGCCGGUAUAAACUAACACGGAUUGUUGUGGACACGGCUGCUGGGCCUCAUAAGAACCGCACAGUCGUAUUUCUGGGCUCAGAGGAUGGACGUGUACUGAAGGUUCUGAUCAACACUUCACCCAACAGCACACACAACUCCAAACUACUGGAGGACAUCGAUGUCUUCAAUCCCACACAGUGUAGUCGUGAGCGCAGGGUGUUGGGUCUGGAGUUGGAUAAGGAACAUCACGCUCUAUUUGUGGCAUUUUCUAGCUGUGUUAUCAGAGUUCCUCUGAGCCGCUGUGCCAAACACAGCACCUGCAAGAGUCACUGUAUCUCCACACAUGACCCAUACUGUAUCUGGCUGCGUACAGGACGCUGUGCUGACGUGGCCCCGGGAUUUAAGGCAGGUUUUGAGCAGGACAUUGAUGGUGAUAAUAAUUCACAGUUACCUGACACGUGUACCGAAGAUGUGAUGUCAUCAGCAGAUCAUAAUCAGAAUUCAGCAGUGGAUUCAGCUUCUGGUGUGAAGCAGAUUCCUGAUGCUGAGAGUUUGAUCAGCACUCAUCACUUUACUCUGCUGGCCGUGUGUAUGUUGAUAGCGUUUGUGUUAGGUGCGUUUGUGUCGGGUUUGCUGCUGUUGUGUUUCUGCAGAUCUCGUGGAGCUCGAGAGUCUGAUGAGACGCUUCCACACACCCUCAACAACCUCGCCAAAAUCAACCACCUACUGGAUACUAAACCAGACUUCACAAACUCCCACAUCUACAGCUCUGCCCCAGCCUGCAGACAACAGACCCCCAAAUCACAUGUGACAGAUGAAAUGACUGGCCAGCCUGUCAGGAAAGAGCUGCUCUCAACCAUUCCCACCCCUGAUUCAACUCCAGAAUUUCCCAUCAAACGUGUAAAGUCCAUUAACAGCCAAUGGGAGAGAAGCCACGCCUCCACGACUACAGAUGUAAACGUGCCACCGUCCACCCAGACGCUCCAGUGGCAGGAACUUCCUAUAAAUCAGACAUCACCCACAGAUGACAUAUUCAAACACAAAGACGUCAGCAUUAUGCCCUCAUCACUGUUGUCGGGUGAUGUCGUAUCGGACCCAGCGGUGCAGAUGCCGCUCAUGCCGUCAACAUCGUACUACAGCUGCUUAACCCUCUCUCAAAAAACACCCGAUCACACGUUUCAACAGAUUCCCCUGCAGCAGGACGACAGCACAGAGCCGAUGUCUCACUUCCCCUCGCAGCACCACCGUCUAAUCAGAAUGAGCAACGGGGUUACCACGACCCGGCAGCACAGUUUUAACAAGAAAGGCAGAAACAUCUAUGAGACGCAGACACCGUUGAUCACGGGCUCCUCGUGUCUCAUCCGACAGCACAGCUUCAGCGACCCUCCUCAUCUCCAGCCGACGGCUGUCAUCAGACGGGCGGCAUCCCUGAAACCACAGAUACCCCCGAAACCCAUAAACAUACAAACCAGAGCGCUACACCUGACAUCUACUGCCUCCAAUAACACACAUGACAAACACAACUGCUGACUAAACACACAGACUGCUUUCCUGAGCUAAAACAACACCAGAGGCUCUGAAACAGCAGAUCUAUUGCUGUACACUAAUAUACCUGUUGAUUUAAAAAAAAAAUCACAUGGAAAUAAGUGCAGUUCAAUUUGAGCCCAAUGCAUUGUGGGAUACAGUAUCUCGGUUGCACAUUCAUCCAACUGUAGUUCCAGGCAUUGAUGUGUAUAAAGGCUAGAUGUCUCGCCCGCACUGCUGGCCAAUUGAGUGGAACGUCCGCGUUUGGCGGCCAUCUUACCACAGGCGCUUGCUCACUCGUAGCAUUGAUUUUUAAUGAUGCAGGUACUCAUUUUCAAAUGGUUUGGUUUGUUAUAAACGUCAAAGAUGUACCUAUGACACUGCAUCAUGAAACAUGUUAAGUACCUGCAACAUUAAAACACAAUGCUAUGAGUGAGCGAGCGAGCUGCCUGUGGUAAGAUGGCCGCCAGGUGAUGACAUUAGAGACUCCGCAGUAACACAUCUAGCCUUUAUACAUAUUUAUGAUUCCAGGUAUUUAUCCCUGUAGAAAACUUGCAUACUGCACACAGUAUACAUACUAUGUGUGUAAAUACUGCAUGCUAUUUCAAAUAUAGCCACAGUAACAAAGAAACAAAACUGUUUUUAUUUCACCUUUUGUUGUAAUGCAUUGAAUACUGUGCACUGACAAGAUGUCUCUGUUUGAAGAGUUUUAUUGAGAAGAGUGAAGAGAUGAGAGGAGGUCAGACUCAUGCUCGCUCAUUCAUGUACAGUAAGAACAGUCAGUCUGUACACUACAAUAAUACAUCAAAGACUUCAGUCACAAUUACAGAAUGAUGCAUUUAACGUGUGACACACAUUUAUGUCCCCACAUCACAUUUAUUUUGUCUGCUUUGAGAUUCUGUCCAUCAGAAUAUUCUGCUACUCUUAAGGUCUAUAUGCAUCACAUCAGAUCUCUAACAUAAACGCACACACACAUUAUACUCAUGUGUACACUGUGUGUGUGUGUUUGUGUUAAACAUCUCUUACACACAUGAAUAACAGUCUGUCUGACAGAUAUAAAAACUGAUAUUAUAAAGAUUUCAAUGUGGGUUGUUUAAAGGAUCAUGCUGACACUAACCCCGCCCCUCCAGUAAUAGCUCCUCCCAUUCAGUGCAGCUGAGGGUUUGUUGCUAAAUCAAUUCUAAAUGGUUUGUAUCAUUGGAUGUCAUGUUAAUAAUGUCUAUAUUUGUUAAUAAAGAGCACUAUAUAUAUUUGAUUGAUCAUCAGUAA